UGGUUUUGAAGACGGACAGACCGAGCAUGGCCGUGCCCGCUGGUCAUGCUGGAGAAGAGAGCUCAGAGACUGGGGAUCCCGGAGCGGCUCCGCACGGAAAUUUCAUCAACUAUUACACCUUCAACCCCCCGGAGAAUCGCCUCAGUCUGAUACCGGCCUCUCUGCUGGAACAGCUCCGAUGGCGCCGUGAGAGUGAAACGGUUCUGAUGCUCGACGUGGGCUGCAACUCAGGGGACUUAUCCAUUGCACUGUAUAAGCAUCUUCUUCAAGAGCAGCCACUUGAAACUGACUCUCCAAGGAGCGUGCACCUUCUUGGAUUUGACCUCGACCGAGACUUAAUCUUACGGGCCCAAAACUGCAACCCGUUCCCCCAGAACAUUCAGUUUAUCCCCCUUGACAUCACGCAGGAGUCGAGCCACACUGAACUCACUUCUUACGUGGAGAAGUUUGGAUGCAGUCGCUUUCAUUUAUGCACUUGUUUUGCAGUGACAAUGUGGGUCCACCUGAACCACGGUGACGCUGCGUUUUUAGCCCUCCUUUCCCGACUGGCCUCUCUGUGUGAGUAUCUGUUGCUGGAGGUGCAGCCAUGGAAGUGCUACCGCUCAGCCGCCCGUCGAUUGCGUAAACUUGGCCGCAGCGACUUCGACCAUUUCAAGACGCUGGCCAUCCGUGGAGACAUGGCAGCGCAUGCUAAAGAACAUUUAGAAAAGCAGUGUAGCAUGGAGCUAACUCAGAGUUUCGGGAACACCUCGUGGGACCGAAGUCUUCUGCUUUUCAAGAGACGAUGAUGAAGCAUUCAGAAGGAAAAAUAAUACACCAAAAGAGACCAUUAAUGGACGUUUUUUAAUUUGACCAAAAAAUGACAUUCACAACUUUCCCCAAGCUUCAGCUUGACGUAGCUUCUUUGUAGUGGAGGUACAAGGUUAAUAUGGCUAACAAGUAAAAUGUUGGCCUUGGUCAACAUAGAAAAAAUUCAAAUAGACAAAAACAAUUGGAUGAAAGUAACAGACAGACAUUAAAGGGUAAUUCCACCAGUUCUACAGAGUGGUUUAAUGUAAAAUGGUCCAAAUUCCAGUCACAAUGUCUGACACAAAUAUAGCCGUUUCAUUUAUUAUCCAUAACCCCGAGUAAACCUACACAUGUCUGCGGAGUUUUUAUAGGUAAUGCUGAUGAUGGUAAAAUAGUGAGAAAGAAAUGUCUUUGGAGACUGUUUUUUACCACGCCCUGCAUGUACCCUUCUGGCAUGAAUGAAUUAAAAUCGAUUAAUCGAUUAGGGACAUUAAACUCCUCAGAUGUUUGGUUCCUAUCACCACCACUGUGAAGAAUUCUGGAGCAGUAAAUCUCUAUAGAACAAAGCAUUUCACACCAAACUGCUUGGAAUAUAU